AUGAUGACGUUUCUAAACAUCCAAAAAGACAUACUAAGAGCCAUGAUUUCAUAUGUCCGGGAACAUAUUGUGAAGCAAAUUGAUGACAACUUUUUUUGUUUGCUAAUUGAUGAGACUCAAAAUGAAUUGAAAAAGAAGCAGAUGUCUUUGGUUCUAAGAUUUUUGGAUAUGACACAUUUUGCUGAUACAAGUUCAAAAUUGCUGAUGGUUGUCAUUGUGUUCACUUUGAGCCGACACAGUUUUUUGUUAUUUUGUGUACAAGGACAAGGAUAUGAUGGAGCAUCUAAUAUGCAUGGAAACAUUAACGGAUUGAAGACUAUCAUCCAAAGAGAAGUAUCUUCAUCAUACUAUGUUCAUUGUUUUGCACACAAACUUGCUUUGAUGUCAGCAUCCAAGAAUCAUAUCAAAGCUUGCCGAUUUUUUGUUGAAUUGUCAUCAUUAUGUGUCACGGUAGGUGUUUCUUGUAAACGUGCGGAUCAGUUCAAGAAUUGCAAGCAGCUAACAUCUAUUCAAGCAGAAGCGUCAAGACUGUUGGAAGCAAUAUGCAAUUUUGACUUUGUUCUAAUGUUUCACAUUAUGAAGUCGGUUUUGAACAAUUAUGUGCUUACGAUACGUCCUCGUUGCAAUGCUGACAACAUCACUUGUGAUUAUUAUUAUAAUGUGGAUAUCUUCUUCAACAUCGUAGAAUCACAUUUAAGUGAACGUGAUGACCAUUUCCUUGAAUGUUCAUCUGCAUUGCUCACACGGAUUGUCCAUUUAUGUCCAGAUCAUCUUCGCAUUCAUGGAACUGUCUUAGAGUUAGUUGAAUUGGGGCUGAUCAAUCCACAUGACUUUGAACAAUAUGAUUUGCUGAGUUUAAAUGGAUACUUUUUUGGAAUUCAAUCUCUUUCUGCUUUAGCUAUAAAGAUGUUUGAACUCAAGAAGUUUGUUACUUAUCAUCUUGUUUUCCAACAUAUCAAUUUGACUUCAACUUUACCUGUCAGCACUACGUGA